AUGGUCCGCGUGUGCACAUCCGAAAUUCAGGGCUUCCCGCGUCGAUGGCCGAAGAGGCCGGGUGGUCGUGGAGGCAGAAUAAGGGCUGGCCUGGCCGAGGUCCUGCGUCUGCGAGAAUGCGUCCCGGCAAGGCACAGUCGCUUCCCAGCCUCUCAGCCUCCAGCCUCAGCCUCCGAUCCCCCAGGGGCAGCGCAACAUCUCCUCGGCAGCUCUCCUCCUGCUCCACCCGUCGCCAUGAAGACGCUGCUGGCCUGCGUGACGUGCGGCGCGCUGCUGUGGGCGCUGGGCGCCGCGGCGCCGCAGGGCCGGCCCGUUCCCCGCCGCGCCAGCCGGCGCCCGCCUGCGCCUUUCGCCCCGCGCCCGCUCGGCCCCGCCGGCCCGCCCCCGCCAUUCGUGCCCAUCGUGCAGCAGAACUUCGACCUCAACGGCGUCGACGGCUCCUACACCUUCGGCGGCGUGGUGAACAACCCGGGCACGCCCGUCGAGGCCAUGUCGGUGACGGGGUCGUUCUCGUACGUGGGGCCCGACGGCGUGCCCGUCGUCGUCAACUACAUCGCGGACGAGAACGGCUUCCAGCCCAUCGGCGACUCCGUGCACCCGGCCAUCCAGCGUGCCGUCGCCGAGCAGGUGGCCUUCGCCCGCGGCAACCCGCCGCCCCCGCCCCCGCCCGNNCUCGCCCCCACCCCUGCCCCAGCGCUGCCACCGCACUCAGUCGCCCUCCGCCCUCUGCAAGACGGACUGUUACGAGUGCACAUGCAAUGUUACAUGCGAAAUUCAAGAAUGGAACGUCAUUAUUUAAUGUAUAGUUGA